AAAAUCCCUUAGAUAUAGUGACUUUUUUUCGGGCAUUGUUAGUAGUUUGUACGGUAAGAGGCCCAUCUAACAAAACUGCCCAAAGAACGAACAAAACCCUAAAGUUUAAACCCCUCUUUGCGAUCUCGUCUUCAAUCUCCUUCAACCAUUCCUCUCAAAUUCAAAUUCAUCGCUCAAAUCAAUAUCCAAUUUCAAUGGCGUCAAAAUGCAGCAGAUUAAUAAAUAAAACAUCAAUCUCUUCACUUAAAUCCGUCAUUAAUGUUUCUACUAAGUCAUCAUCAUCUGCAUCUGCUGCUAGGUCAACUGCAACUCAUCUUCCUCGAUCCAGUUCCACCUCUACAGCUGUACCUGGAUUCAACUUCUCAAGAGUGCCGAAGGAGUUAGGAGGAGCGCUGUCGUUGAUACCGCUACAUAGCGCUGUAGCAGUAGCGAGGAUGACGUCAUGUUUGAGUGUUACAUCAAGGAGUUGUAGAGCUCUUUCUCAGGAUGAAGUUGAUGGUACGUGAGAGAUUUCGUGGUUGCUCAAUACACCAGUGCUUCGUGUCCUAAUAAAUGAUUUUGAAACCUUGAUAUAUUGUCUGAGGCAAAGUCAUAUCUGUACAUUUAUUGGAAUUUAAUCUGUAACCGUGCAGAUGAAACUUGGUUGUUUAUUUUUCUGGAUUUAAUCGGUUAUCAUAGCAUUUUCUGAUUGAAUUUAUUUUGUGUUUGCUCUAGAACUUGGUCUGUCCGUACCCAGGUGACUUGGCUGUUAAUCGCUAAUUCAAGAAGCUGUCUUCAUAUCAUUGGAAACACCAGUCUUUGCUACCAAACUUAUAAAUGUAAACUGUACAAAUCCUCUGAUCAGCAUUAUUGAUUUUCGUAGCUAGUCAUACAUUCUAAUUUGAAGGUAUUUUGUUUUUGGAAAUUGGUGGAAUAAUGUAGCAUUCAUGCUAUGUUUCCAUGACUGUAACUUUACUUUAGCGACUGUCUCACGCAGCCAAAACCUGCAGAUCAGUUUCGUUGUUAUGAACUACAGUUGUGAGAUUCUACUUUC